AUGAACGACAGAUCCAUUAGGCAUGCAAAGGCCUCGAGACAGGGAUUUAUGCAACCCAAUUGCAGUUUGGAAGGGCCUCCUGAUCUUGGCGUCCGCAGCGGAAAUUCUGGCAAUUUUGGAUUCAACAGACCUCCGUUAUUGUCUACGUGCAAGGGCAAUACAUUAAUAGGAGACCUCACUGUUUCCACCGAACUCUCAGGUACUGGCGAGGGAAGUCAGUGUUAUUCAGGUGGCAGUUCUCCACCUCCUCCAGCUUUGUCACCGGCAAGCUCCUCACCCAGUCAUUUGUUACACGGUUUGUUCAAUCAGACUUCGUCUCCGUCUCCUCCCGUGAUUGUCGCUGAAAUCGCAGGACACUCUUCCGGGUCUUCGAGAACCGCUUCCGAAAAAAGUCAUUGUUAUAAACCUGUUGCACGAGAUGCUGUAAGCAAGUUGCCUAACAGCUCUUCUCCGCCAGCGUUAGAACUGCGAAACACAUCCGAACGCCCUCGAAGUGCACCCCACGCAAAUUCUUUAUCAUCUUCCAGCUCUAGCAGUUCAUCAGCCUCCUCAUCAUCAUCUGCACAACAUGACAAUUCACAUUCAAGGAAUGGUUUACCAAUUCUUGAGAAGAUCUCAAUCGCUAUGGGUUCCCCUCGAAAGAGCAUUCCAGAUAGUACUCCCGUACCCAGUGUGCGAGACCCAAAUGAAUUUUUGGAAGCGAAGUUGGCCUCUCCUAUUGGAAUCCGAAGUCCUAAUAUCUCCCUUACUGUCCCUGUAGCUCCCACUGAGUGUCAGGUGCAGUGUCAACGGCUCGAACAAAUAUCCGUAGACGCGGUGGGGCUCGCUUUGAAAGAGGAACUACCACCACCAAUACCACAGCGGAAGGCAGUUUCCAACAGAACCCCACGGAAACGCAAUCCUCGCAGUACUACUCGCAAGCGCAGGCAAACGAAACGUCGACGUGGUGAUUCAGAUUCUGACUUUGACUUUGAAGCAAAUGCCGGCAGGCUUUCUCGUGGCAAAGCAGAUGCAGCUGCGGCCAUUCGUCGCAUAAGACAGAAAACGACUGACAGGAAGUCCAGUGGCAAAAGUGCACCCAAUGAUGCACAAAAAGCUACAUCCGCCGAAGCUGCGACCAACAGGCGUUACUUGGAAUCUCCAUUUCUAUGUUUAUGUCAAUCUGGGGGUACGGUGGCCAAUCUGAGUCAUACUACGGCCUUGAUUCAAAAUCGGAGUCAUUCAACUGCGGACACGACAGCUUACAACUCAACUCCGGCUGAGUCAGCGAUUGAAGCCGCUUCCAUGCCAGCGCAUAUAAUCAAUCCUGCACUCCGAGGUAUAAGCGGACAGGGAUCCGCUCCCACUGCAACAAACUCCUACUCAUCGGUACCUUCUUCUUGUCCCCUAAAUGCCGGAUGCAAUGCUCACAACUCUGUCCUUGAGAAAGCUGUCGAAGGCACCGAUACGCGUACAGUAUUUUCAGGUAUAUCAUACAAGCCAUCCGUUCAGCAAAGGUUAAGAGAUAUACAACAAUCCUUGGAGUCUACCUCAAAUCAAACCACCUGGCUUUGUGCUUUUUGUGGUGAGGAUAACAAUUUUCUGAAUCUUGGAGGCCUAUACGGACCGUACUAUGUUACCGCGUCGGAAAAAGCCCAACUCAUAGCGGAAUGCGUUGCCCAAGCACAAACACCCACGGUUACUCCGUCCUCGACCACAUCCACAAAAGAGGCCAAACCUGAUCGAAAAGGGAAACUGACUCGGUCCGAGGUGAUCACAUCCACGCUGACACGGUCUGCUGCUGCCCAGGGGCGUACCACGGUGGCUAAUAUGGGCGCAUUACGACUGGUUAUCAAAGCUCCGAACAGUCAGACAACAAAGGACAAAGCUCCGGUUCCCAAACCUCGAGUUUCCGCGGAUGGAGAAGUGUGGGUGCAUCUGGAAUGUGCUCUAUGGGCUCCUGGAACAUAUAUUUUCGGUGAUGGAACUAUCGGUGGUCUAGGAGAAGCUCUUCAAUUAUCUCUGGAUACGGUCUGUUCGCACUGUGAUAAACGCGGAGCAAUCUUGAAUUGCUGCAGUCGAGGUUGCAAUCUGAGUUACCAUUACCGCUGCGCAUUACUUGCCGAAUGUCAACUGGAUUGUGAACAGUACACACUGUUGUGCAAAAAGCAUCACAUCUACUCAUAG